AUGGACGCCAUGGCUCUUGGCUCCAAAUCUGAUUCCAGUUCCGAGCCGGCGUCCAAAACCAAAGGCAAAGGCGAAGCUGGCGUGGACGCAGAGGAUGAGCAGCAGCAACAACCCCGGAACGAGCCGCCGCCACCACUUUGCGAGCAAUGCGGAGCAGCCCCCUCCAAGUACCGCUGCCCGGGCUGUCAGCGUCGCAGCUGUAGCUUGGAAUGCGUACGGGCGCAUAAAGCAGCUAGCGGCUGUAGCGGGCAGCGGGACCGUACGGCAUUCGUAUCCAUGCAGGAUUUUGACGAUGGAGCGCUACUCUCCGAUUUUCGUCUUCUCGAGGAGAUCGGCCGAGCUGAUGACGUGGCUCGCCGAUGUCGGCCCCCCGCCCCCAAGCCCCAGCUGCCGCCCCCCCUCGCCUCCCUGGUGUACCAGGCGUCCUGGCGGAGUGUCAAAUUGCUGCUCAUGUCACCUGGUAUGGCCAAGCGGAGAGCCAACACGACCCGGUACGACGCGCGCAAUCGUACGAUGUGGUGGCGGGUGGAGUGGCGUUUCCCCGCUGUGGGGAUAGAAUGUGUGGACGAGCGAGUGGAUGAACACUCGGUUAUUGGGGAGGUCCUCUCCGCGCAUCUCCGCCACCCGGCUCCCCACUACAUCCCCCUGAGGGCCUACGCUAAAGCAGGACUAGCACAGCUGCGCGUGUUCAUGCGCAAGGAGAAAACGCCGGCCAACCAGCCCGCCUACUUUCCUAUCGACACCUCCAAGCCCCUGUCCAGCCAGAUUUCCUCUCGGACGAUAAUCGAGUACCCCGUCUUCAUCGUGGCGCUGCCCCACGAGGGAGCGGAGGCCUACCCGCCGCCACCCAUGCUGGCACCGCCGUCACAGCCGCCGCCGCCGCCGCCGGGGCGGCGGAUGCAACCGCAACAGCCAGCACAGCAACAGGCGCCAGUACGGCAGCAGCAGCAGCAACAACUGGAAGCCCAGCCACGACAGCAGCAACAGCAACAGGCGCCGGGAGCCGCGAGUACAGAAAGGAACGGGGCCAGCGGUAGCGGCCCCAUUGUCGCCGUACACUCGUCCCGGCAGAGUGCCCCGUCACCGUCGGCGAAUGGCCCUGCAGCUACGGGUCGGUCGACGGCCGCUGCGGCGGCGGCGGCGCCGCCGCCGAGUCGGGUCGCUGGCAGCGCCGGGGCCGGGGCGGUGCAGCACGGCCCGCCGGCGACGGUGGCGGCGGUGGUGGCGGCUGGGGCCACGCCACGUACGACAGGGACCUCUGUACAGCCACACACACUGACGCGGCAGGUGGUGUCGGGGCACGCGGCAAUACCUGCCGCCCAAGUGAAGGCAGCAGCUGCUGCUGCUGCUACUGCUGUCGCUGCUGCGUCAGGGGCAGGGGCCCAGCCGGCGCCGUCGCCGCCAGGAGGCUGCCUGGUGCCGCCCAGUACGACGGGGUCUCUCGACCUGGGUGGGGGCAGGGCCAGCGACAACCCUCUGAAGGCUCCGGCUCCGAAGCGCCAGCGUGUGGAGCCGGUAAUGAGCGGCGAGGCUGGCGGCGCCGCCAGUGACGGCGCCAAUGGUGCCGUAGGCGCGACUGCGGUUGCGCUUGGUUUCGGAGCCAGUUCCACGAUAGUUGGAGGAGUUGGGUCUGGAGGAGUUGGGCCGGGUAAGCGUUUUAGGUCCGGGACGUCGUCACCACCGGCGGCGGCGGCGGCAGCAGUGUCGUCGCUGUCGGUGCUGGCGGCUGGCGGCAGGGAGGAGGUGGCGCACGAUGAAAACGAGAUAGAGCUUGGGGAUACGGAUGGCGGCGAUAUGGACGGGGAGCUGGCGGCGGCGGCGGCGGCGGCUGCGACGACGGCUGUAGGAAGCCAUUGGGAUUGCGGGUGGAGGGGUGACGGCGCUGGAUUAAGGGGUAAAACGGGUGGAGGGGGAACAGGAGAUUGGGGGGGGAGGGGAGUUCCAGGGGGAGCAGGGUACGGGAUGGUGCUCGGGUCUGGGGCGCGGGUGGGAGAGGCUGGGCCCGGCGGGGGAGCUGCGGUUGCACGAGACGACAAUGAGAUCGACUUGGAUGGCGAAAUAGAGGAGUAA